AUGUCAGAUAUCCAGAAUGUGUCUGUCAACGGGGGUGGCAUGAGGACCAAGCCCAUACAUGAGCAGAGUUUAGAUCCUGAGAAUAGUUCAACAACCGAGCUUGGGGAUUUCACCACUAAAAUUGAGGCUGACUCUAAAAGCUUCAAUCUCAAUGACGAUUUAGAGACAGAGAAAGCAGCAUGGCCUGCUUUCGAUACUGAUGAGCCGAAACCAGCAAGGACUGAAGAUGAUGAGAAAUCAAGGAAGUUUUCAGAUCUUCAGCGAACGACGUUCAUAUUCGAGAACAACAUGAUUGGGGACUUGCAGGACAUCAAAUCCCUAGUCAACCGGAACCCCAAGACAGUCAGUCAUGGCCAUUUGGUACAAUUAACACGAAUGCUGCAUACAAUCUGGACCCGCCAGCUUGUGCCAUAUUUCGAGGACAAUCUCAACGCGUACGUUCAGCGUGAGGGCGGUGCCAGGUCUGCCGUCACUAUCGAGAGUAUUCUUGACUGGUGGGCGAACGGUUUCUUCCUGCCCCCAACUGGUGAGAUCAGAGCCUCUCAGGACACUGAAUUGCACACCUCGCCCACUGAGCUUGGGAUUCAGCCACCGGAUCGUCCACUCAGCUCAUCCGACACAGUUUUUAGAACUGGGGAUGAUAGCUGCAGUGGCUCAUUUUACAUGUACCGGGGUUUUGACGGAGGUUUCCGGACAUCGGCCGCUUCGGCUGUUCGUAGGGUUUCGCUUGCCUCAGCUUCAGACUACACUACUAAAGAUCCUCAACGUUCGGCUCAUGGAGACUUCGGCGGGGGUGAGGAGAGUGGUCCUGGCUACGGCGCUGGAGAGGGCGACUGA